AUUUCCUUCUAUUGUAUUUGAAUCGUGAUCAGGAAAAAGGAAAUGAAACCAGAGACCCGGGGCUGAGCCACGGAGUAAUAAUAAUAAUAGUGAUGCUGAUCUCCCCAUUUACAACGCAUCCACCCGGCUCCAGAGCAUGGUCAGAGCUGCCCGGGCAGGGAGCCUGAGCGGAGCGCCGGGAGCUCCGGGCUGAGGCAGCGGUGGCAGCCGAGGCGGCCGCGUCCCAGCCGGGGGAGCCGGAGCCGGAGCGGCCGGAGCCGGAGCGGCCGCGGCCGCGGGAGCUGCUCCGCGGGCCGGCGCGCAGGAGGAGCGCGGCGGGGAUGGGAGGAGGAAAUCCUGUGAAUGUCAUUGGGGGGCGGAGGGGGAACUCAGCUGGUGAAAAGGCUUCGAGAGCAGACAGCCUGUGCGGGGGCAGCGGGGGCAGAUCCCACCACAGGCACGCUACAAAGGAACAAUCCCUGCCAAUGUCAUCGGCCAUCGAGAGGAAAAGCCUCGAUCCUUCCGAGGAGCCAGUGGAUGAAGUCCUCCAGAUUCCCCCUUCGCUGCUGACAUGUGGCGGCUGCCAGCAGAACAUCGGGGACCGCUAUUUCCUGAAAGCCAUCGAUCAGUACUGGCACGAAGACUGCCUCAGCUGUGACCUGUGUGGGUGCAGGCUCGGAGAGGUGGGCAGGCGGUUGUAUUACAAGCUGGGCAGAAAGCUCUGCAGAAGGGACUAUCUCAGGCUCUUUGGCCAGGAUGGCCUCUGCGCCUCCUGCGACAAGCGAAUCCGGGCUUAUGAGAUGACCAUGCGGGUGAAGGACAAAGUGUAUCACCUUGAAUGCUUCAAAUGUGCUGCCUGCCAGAAACAUUUCUGUGUUGGGGACAGAUACCUCCUCAUCAACUCGGACAUAGUAUGCGAACAGGACAUCUAUGAGUGGACUAAGAUAAAUGGAAUGAUCUAGCAAAGACAUGCCUCAUAGUCUAUAAAAGACAUCUCACGGGCAACACCGAUGCAUAGCUGCAGUGAGGAGAUCAUCAAUUGAGCUAUGGGCUUUGUCUAAAAUGGGGGGAAAAUACCACGGAGUCAACCCCUUGCAGGCAGUGCUACAUAGAAUCUAAACUACAUAUAGGCAAAGAAGAGAGACUGAAGCAAUAGUAGAUAGACUGACUUCUAUUAACAAAGGCGUAUGGACAAUAACUGACAUCAGCCAUGUAGGCGAGAGUUGGGAAACAAACACAACGCGAUAAUGAAUUCUUGUAACUGGAAAAGAGUAGGGACUUCUGUAAAGAGAUGUUAUGACUUUGUCACCUGCAGACUAGGAUUGUGCAAUUGAAUUUUCUUUUUGUCUUGUUUUAGUUACUGAGUUUAGAGGACAGCUCCUAACGUAGACAUGAGGGAGAAUACUGGAAGAAAAGGGCCAUCACUUAUGUGGUCAUUCUAUAUGGCCUUACACUUCGGGUAGAAGAAAAAGUGGGAAGAGGGUGGGGGUUAUUUUUGCAUGGAUUUUUUUUUUUCCUUUGAGAAUGAAAAGUGCAUCCUCUAGUCCCAAACUCUUCUUUAAAAAAAAUCCUGCUGAAUAGUUCUUUUCAGGCACUGCUGUUUCAAGAUGAGAUGUUCCACAUAUCAUUUCUAUACAAAUAUAAAUCUAAAGAGUUGUUCAACUAUUUUAUUAACUUAGAUUAUAUCAAUAAAAUAUUUGUUGUGUGUAGUAAGACUCUGCAGCUUUAAUAAAAAUAACA